UGUCAUUUAAAAUUACGAGUAACCGCCACAUCCCGAUAAUGAUCCGACCUUGCCUUUUCGUGCUCGCGGUCGUCGUCGUCGCCAGCGGCGCGCAGAGACCAUCAUGCCAGAGUCCCGUCUACUGCCAGGGCGACCUGCUGCACGUCGUGCAGACCGCGAAAAUUUUCAACGACUCGAAAACGUUCGUCGACAUGUCGAUGAAGAACAACCUCAACGUCACGCUAACCAACUUCGACAUCCUGAUGAGGAAAACAAAUCGGAGACCGAGCAAGGCGCAGAUCGAGGAGUUCGUUUACCAAAACUUCCAAAUGAUCGGCGAGAUGGAGGACUUUUAUCCGCGCGACUUUCGUCCGGAGCCGAAGAUCGUCCGCGAGAUAGAUGACAAACAGAUCCGGAUGUUUUUGACGCAGAUUGUCGGAAUCUGGCCCCAGCUGACGCGGAAGAUAUCGCACCACGUGUUCGAGCAUCCGGAAACGUUUUCCCUGAUUCCGGUGCGGAACGCAUUCAUAAUUCCCGGCGGACGGUUCCGGGAAUUCUACUACUGGGACUCAUAUUGGAUCCUCAAGGGCCUGUUGCUGAGUGACAUGAAAGAGACUGCGAAAGGGGUGAUCGACAAUUUUUUGUACAUGGUCGACACGUACGGCUUCAUCCCGAACGGGGGGCGCAUCUACUACCUCAAUAGGUCGCAGCCGCCCGUACUUACGCUGAUGAUGAAAGACUACGUACACUAUACGAAAGAUUUCGAGUUCCUGCGCAGCAACGUCAAAGUGCUGGAGCGCGAGCUGCGCUUUUGGCUGACGAAGAGGGUGUCGCCGGUCCAAAAAAACGGCGACGAGUAUUUUUUGGCGCGGUUCGACUCGGAAAGCGACACGCCCCGUCCCGAGUCGUACCUCGAGGAUUUAGAGACGUGCGCCGUGUACGAGAAUAACACGGAAGAUUUGCACGACUGUUACGCGGACAUCAAGAGCGGCGCGGAGAGCGGCUGGGACUUCACGUCGCGCUGGAUCUUUAACGGCAACGGCGAUCCAGACGGCGACCUGUCCAAAAUAUCGACGAGACGCAACGUACCCGUGUGUCUUAACUCGUUUCUGUACAAGUCAUUUGUUUGCAUGCACUACUUUUACGUCGUGCUGCGGGAACCUACGGACGCGCGCUACUGGCUUGAUCUGGCGGAGAAAUGGCGACACAGCAUCGAACAGGUGCUCUACCACGAUGAGGACGGAAUAUGGUACGACUACGACGCGAAACUAAACAGGCCACGAAAGUAUUUUGCGGCUAGCAAUUUCGCCCCCUUGUGGGCAGAUGCGGUCGCAGCGGACAUUAAAAGCGAAAGGGGCAACAAGGCAGUGCGUUAUUUGAAACGGUACGGCGGUCUCGAUUUUCACGGGGUGCCGUCAACGUUGCUGCCGUCAGGCCUCCAGUGGGACUUUCCUAACGCGUGGGCACCUUAUCAGAACAUUGUGAUCUUCGGGUUGGCCCGGUCCGGAGACGACGAGGCGGCCGAGUUUGCGAAAAUGCUUGCGAAACGCUGGGUCCAUUCAAAUGUCAAGGCGUUCGUUGAGAAUAAGGUUAUGUUCGAGAAGUAUGAUUCGGUGACGAGCGGUCAAUUCGGGGGCGGCGGCGAGUAUCACAUUCAAUCGGGAUUCGGGUGGACAAAUGGAGGCAUUAUGGAAAUUAUCGAUCACUAUUUUCGGGUCAAGAGGAGGAAACACGUUGGGCUAGAGAGAUGAAUUGUUUGUUUUCUUAAAGCGUCAAAUUGUCGGCAAAAUAUCAGU